AUGCUAAAGUGUUGCCACAUACGAGUUGCGGAAAGUCGUGAUAUUAAGCCAUUUGAAGAAAUAUUCAUUUGGGGUAAAUUGGAAGAUAAGAAUGAAAAAUUUACUAGAGAUUCGUAUAUCGAAGGUACGGAACAUUUUCAGCAGAGAACUGGGCUUCUUACAGCCCCGAUAAAGAUUUCGGCAGAAAUGAUGAACGAUGAAAAUAAAAUCCCCAUAUGCGUACUGAAUACUACUGAUAAAUCAAUCAGAGUUUAUAGAGAACAAACUGCGGCCACAAUUCAGGAACUGCCAAGUACCCACAACAUAGCACAUAUGUCAGAGUCAAAUAUGGGGGGAAAUAAUCCAUCAUCACAAUAUGACCCGGUCCCAGAAGUAUCAGUUGGUGAACAAUUGACAACACAACAAAGAGAAAACCUAGAAGUUCUAAUUCGAAAAAAUACACAAGUUUUCGACUACCCAGGAAACAGUGGGUUCACCACAACAAUAGAGCACACAAUACCCACAGCCGUAUCUGAUCCAAUUGUGUGCCACCCCAGACGACACAACCUGGGGUUAACACAAAAAAUUAAUGAAGCAGUAGGAAACCAUGUAAAGUCGGGACAUUUGACACCCUCUAAAUCCCCUUGGGCAUUUCCAAUUGUACCUGUAUUGAAACCAGAUAAAACAGUUCGAUUGUGUGUAGACACCAGACCACUUAACAAAAUUACCCAGAAUGACCCAUAUCCAACUGGAAAUUUGCAAGAGGUUCUAGACAAUCUAUCAGGUGCUAACUAUUUUAGUGUUAUUGACUUGGCUCAUGGUUAUUUGCAGGUCCCACUGACCAAGGAAGAUCGACCAAAGACAGCGUUUCGAUCACCUACUGGGUUUUGGGAAUGGACAAGAAUGCCAUAUGGUUUAAAAGGAAGUCCGGCAAUUAUUUCUCGGUUGAUGCAGAACGUUCUAGGACACCUUCCACCACAUCGGUUGGCAUUGUACAUGGAUGAUAUCUGUAUUAUUAGCAAAACGUUUGAGGAACAUUUGAUAAAUCUCCAGGGAGUAUUUGAUGCAUUGCGACAGCAUGGAUUAAGAGUUAAAGCUAAGAAAUGUGCUUUCGCAAUGAAAGAAGUGAAAUUUCUUGGACACAAAGUUUGCAACAAGGGUGUGCAGCCAGAGGAACAUAAAGUAAAGGCAAUUCGUGCAUGGGUUGCACCAACUUGUCUUAAAGAGGUGCAAAUGUCUUUGGGUGCAGUUGGGUGGUAUUGGAAGUUUAUCAAGGAUUUUGGUACAAUUGCUCGACCAUUAACAUGGCUUUUGGAGAAAGAUGUGUCACAUUCACUUGGGGUAAGGAGCAAGAUGAUGCAUUCAAUACACUAAGACAUGAGUUGGUUAAAGCUCCAGUAUUAGCCCAUCCUGACCCCACUCGACCCUUUGUUGUUACCACGGAUGCAAGCAAAGUGGGUCAGGGUGGUGAACUAUCACAAGAAGAUGCACAAGGACAAUUACAUCCGGUUGCAUAUUUCAGUCGUGCAUUGACCAGACGAGAACGUUCAUAUCCAACUUAUGACAGAGAAAUGAUGGCUAUGCGAGACACGCUUAAGCAUUUUCGGUAUUAUCUGUUAGGAGCACAAGUAGUGACGAGGACCGACCACAAACCUCUUCUAAAGAUCCUGGAACAGAAAGAUCCAUUUGGACGAAGAGCGACAUUGAUGAGAGAUAUAGCUGAAUUCGAACCACGCAUAGAGUUUAUUCGAGGGCAGGAUAAUCACAUGGCAGAUGCUCUUAGUCGGAUCGGAUGGAAUGCCAAGUGGGAAGAGAGAGAUGAGGAUACUAGUAAAGUGGCUACUAUUGGUGGCUCUCAAGACGAGAUUGGUCCAUGCAAGGAUGUAAGGUUGGACAUAAAUGACUUCCAAUUGCAGCAAGAACGUGACCCAACCCUUAAGCCACAUAUUUCCACUCACCGAAACCAACAUGGUUUAUUCACACGAGAUCAUGAUCAUAAGAAGCAAGUGUUGCUUCCAGCAUCGCUUGUUCCCACCAUAUUAUCAUUAGCUCAUGACGAAACAGGGCACCAAGGAGCAGAUAAAAUGCUUGAAGAAUUGAACCUCAUUAUUGGUGGCCAAAGAUGA